UACUCCUGUCUUUCUCACUCACUGCUUUUGCAAUUAAUAAAUUCACACAAUUUUGUUACUCUUCUUCUUCCACACAACACCCAUGACCCACCACACACCUUAUUACUAAUACUAAUUCUGUCUUCCUGCUCCCAUUCCCUUACUCUCAUCUUCAUCCUCAUCCUCUUCCUUACUUUUUCUAACCAAUGUACUUCUACUUCUACUUCUACUUCUCCAUCUUCACCUUAAUCUUUCCAUUUUUGAACCACCAUUCAAAUCAUUGUUUUCUUCUACACUAUAAUAUAGUGCAUGUUUAAUAUUUUCUAUUGUUGCCGGUUUCCUUAUCCAUUCAUGUAGCUUCCGGCAAAUUGUGCAUUUGACCAAGCAAGAAAGAUUCUAGUUUUCAACAGCAACAAGGUGAAAAUUGUUUAAUACUUUCUACAAUGAAAGAAUCUUUGGAAUCAAGAUAGCUUACUCAGUUGACUAUACUUGGAAAUUGGAAUCUCAUAGUUUCAAGUGAGAUCUAUAGUGAAAAAGCAAAGAACAUGGCAUGAUUAUUUUCAUCUAACGUGUUAUUCAUUUUGGAACUGAUAAAAUGGGGUGUUGUGUCUCAACAAGUAAUGAAGACACCACUUUUGAUCAUGUUGUCUCUUUGCAAAAGUUACAAUCUUUACCAAACAGAAUAUGCAGCAAUGGAAAAAGUCGGUCAUCUUGUAUAUUUACACAGCAGGGUCGUAAGGGUAUCAAUCAAGAUGCCAUGAUUGUAUGGGAAGAUUUCAUGUCAGAAGAUGUUGUUUUUUGUGGUGUAUUUGAUGGCCAUGGUCCACAUGGACACCUUGUCGCGCGCAAAGUUAGGGACGCCUUGCCAAUAAAAUUACUUUCGUUUUUGGAUUCGAGGCGAAAUGGCUCUGGUAAAGCUUGUUUUAAGAGGGAUAUAAAGGAUGAAAGUGGAGAAGUUGAGAAGGAUUUGUCUGCUGAGGAUGAGGUGAAUUCUAUGUGGAGAGAAGCUUUCAUGAAGUCAUACAAGGCUAUGGACAAAGAGCUGAAGUCUCAUGCAAAUUUGGAUUGCUUUUGUAGUGGGAGCACAGCUGUGUCUGUAGUGAAGCAGGGUUUAAAUUUGUUCAUGGGAAAUAUUGGUGAUUCGAGAGCAGUCAUGGGAUCCAAGGAUAGCAAUGACUUGAUGGUGGCGAUUCAGCUGACCGUUGAUUUGAAACCUGAUUUGCCAAGAGAAGCAGAAAGAAUCAAAAGGUGUAAGGGUAGGGUAUUUGCAUUGCAAGAUGAGCCAGAAGUUCCUAGAGUGUGGUUACCUUUUGAUGAUGCACCUGGAUUAGCAAUGGCUAGAGCAUUUGGAGAUUUUUGCUUGAAGGAGUAUGGUGUGAUUUCUAUACCUGAAUUUUCUCACCGGCUUCUCACAGAUAAAGAUCAGUUCAUUGUUCUCGCCUCGGAUGGAGUUUGGGAUGUUUUGAGCAAUGAAGAGGUGGUGGAGAUAGUAUCAUCAGCGCCGAGUCGAUCAUCAGCAGCAAGGGUUCUGGUGGAAUCUGCAGCGAGAGAGUGGAAACUUAAAUAUCCAACUUCAAAAAUGGAUGACUGUGCUGUUGUGUGCCUAUUUUUGGAUGGUAAAAUGGACUUAGAAUCUGAUUGUGAUGAACAAUGCUAUUCUUCCGCAACCUUCCAAAGCAACAACCAUUCGGGUAAUUCAGUUGAGUCAGGCGAUGGUCAAAAGUCCGAGCCGUCACUGCAAAGGAACUUCACUGUCAGAACCUCAAAACAAAACGAAACAUGUGUAGGAGGAAGAGGAGAAUCUGUUGAUGUUGAAGAUGGAACAUCAUCAGCUGAAGAUCAAAACUGGUUAGGUCUAGAGGGUGUCACCCGAGUAAACUCAUUGGUGCAACUUCCUAGAUUUUCUGAAGAAAGGCCUAACUUUUGAAUUUUGUUUAUUCAUGUUGGAACUCUUUGUUGUAAUGCCUAUAGCAACACAGUGAAUUCAAGAAGGAAUUUUUGGGGUUAAUUACGUUUAGUAAACGAUGAUCAAUUAAAAUCAAGAAUGAUAUAAUAUAAGACAUUCUUUUAUA